AUGAGCCGGCAGCUGGGCCUAAAGUCUGGUGAGAAGAGUGACUUCAGUGGAUACUCUGCAAUUUUGCCACGAAAAGUAGGGGGCAGUUCAUCUUCCUAUCGGGCAGGGCUCAAAGGGGCUGGAACUAGUUUUGGCAGCCGAAGUCUCUACAGCCUAGGUGCCAGUCGUCGGAUCCCUCUCAACAUUGUUGGGGGCAUUCGGACAGGGGGGUAUGGCUUUGGCCAUGGGGCUGGGUAUGGAGGGGCCAGGGCUACUGGCUUUGCAGGGAGUAUCUUUGGCAACGUGGCUCUGGGGACUGUGUGCCCAUCGCUGUGCCCACCAGGGGGCAUACACCAGGUGACCAUCAACAAGAGCCUCUUGGCUCCCCUCAAUGUGGAGUUGGACCCUGAAAUCCAGAAAGUGAGGACCCAGGAGCGAGAGCAGAUCAAGGCUCUUAACAACAAGUUUGCCUCCUUCAUUGACAAGGUGAGGUUCCUAGAACAGCAGAACCAGGUGCUGGAGACCAAGUGGAACCUGCUUCAGCAGCUGGACCUGAGCAACUGCAAGAAGAACUUAGAGCCCAUCUUUGAAGGCUUCAUUGGCAACCUGAGGAGGCAGCUGGACACCCUGUCAGGGGACAAGCUGAGACUGGAUUCAGAACUGAGGAAUAUGAGGGAUUUGGUGGAGGACUUCAAGAAGAGGUAUGAGAUAGAGAUUAAUAGGCGCACAGCAGCUGAGAACGAGUUUGUUCUUCUCAAAAAGGAUGCUGAUGCUGCCUAUACUAUCAAGGUAGAGUUACAAUCCAAGGUGGAAUCCCUGGACAAAGAGAUCAAGUUCUUGAAAUGCUUGUACGAGGCGGAGAUUGCCCAGAUCCAGACCCAUGCCAGUGAAACCUCUGUCAUCCUGUCCAUGAACAACAACCGUGACCUGGACCUUGACAGCAUCAUCGAUGAGGUCCGCAGUCAGUAUGAGGAGAUCGCUCUAAAGAGCAAGUCAGAUGCUGAAGGCUUGUACCAGAGCAAGAUCCAGGAGCUGCAGCUGGCUGCUGGCCGGCAUGGGGAUGACCUCAAACACACCAAGAAUGAGAUCUCGGAGCUGAACCGGCUCAUCCAGAGGCUUCGCUCUGAAAUCGGCAAUGUGAAGAAGCAGUGCUCCAACCUGGAGACAGCUAUCGCAGAUGCUGAGCAGAGGGGUGAUUGUGCCCUAAAAGAUGCCAGGGCCAAGCUGGAAGAGCUGGAGGGUGCCCUGCACAGUGGCAAGGAGGAGCUGGCCCGCCUGCUGAGGGACUACCAGGAGCUGAUGAGCACCAAACUCGCUCUGGAUGUGGAGAUUGCUACCUACAGGAAGCUUCUAGAGGGAGAGGAGUGCAGGAUGUCUGGCGAGAAUCCCUCCUCUGUGAGCAUCUCUGUGAUCAGUAGCAGUAGCGGAAGUAACUAUGGCUACCGACCCAGUUCAAUCAGUGGUGGCUACGGCAGUGGCAUUAGGUCCAGCACUGCUACCAGUGCCCGAAGUGUUGAAACCAAGACCAAAGGGGAAGGAGUGGGUGACCUCAAGAACUCCCUGACCAAGACCUCCUCGGUCAGCUCCCCAGACAAGAAAAGCACCCGAUAAGUUUUCUGGCACCAUUCACCAUAGCACCACGGAAGAAGACGAAUUUUGCCCACAGCCUGAAGAUGAUACCGACCCUGCUUUGCUACCCUCCUAAAUACCCACAAUUCCCAAGUCUCUAGAGUUAACUCUGGCCUCUCUGAACAUUGUGGCAUAUCUUGAUUCCAAAAAGUGAUAGUGAUACAAAUAUCUCCCCUUUGACUUUUUCUUUCUUUUUAUUCCUUUGAAAGCUUCAGUCCUGAUGUGAGCCGUUAAAGGUAAAACCUCUAAUUACCUCCGCUGUCCUGAAGAAGAUUUGAAGACACUUGUUUAGGAAGAGAAAGGGAGAACAGUUGUACCUAGGCAGAUGCUUAGUAACUAUUUGAGAGGCAAUGCUGCCCCUUCCUAGCACGAGGAAGGAAGCAGUGGGGCAAUGAGAGAAAAGUUGGACAACUUCCUGACUCCUCGUGGGUCAAGUUCUCACAGGAUGGUUUUGUUAUUGGUUGCGAAGGGCUGUGAUUUCUCAGCCCAUCAGAUAUAUCCAUUGUCACAAAGCCCAAUCCAAAAGAGUUUUGGACUUGCCGUUGUUUUGAUUUAUCCCUCCCCCUUAAUGUAAAGUGAAUGGAGAACUGAUCAUCGGCCUCAGCAGCUUCAGCAACAUUCAGUAGGUCAGCUCAUCUCAAGGUCUUUGGGUCUGUGAUUUUUGCCCUCUGAUCUCCUCUCUGCCAUCAUCGCCCCCGCCCGGCCAUCCCAAUACUCCCUAAUCUCUCAAUGCUUUUUUGCUUCUAGAGAAAGCCAUGAGCUGUGUUAGGUCAAUAGAAUUUUCUCCUUUGGCCCCUGGGCGGUAAUGCCCAAAUAUGAGCAGCCUUAACUCUGUGUAAAUAGUCCCUACAUAAUUAGCUUGCUCUGUCAUCCUUUGCUUAUUGUCUAUGGUUCUAAGCAAUAGCUGCUAUAUAUUAAAUAAACUGCA